ACGCGGCCGGCCCCCUCUCUCAUGCAUGCCAUCUUGCUUACAGAUCCGGCCGGCUCAUCCACUCUCGGUCAUCACCGUCUCGACUCGGUCGACGUCCACCAGCCGCAUGGCGGCGAGCAAGGGAGCGAGGAAGAGCCUGGUGUCGAGGACCCUGGAGCGGUGCAGGUCCGGGCUGAACAGCGGCGGCAAGUCGUCGGCGGCGGUGGCGCCGGGGUGCUUCUCGGUGUACGUGGGCCCGGAGCGGGAGCGGUUCUUGGUGCGCGCCGACCGCGCCGACCACCCGCUCUUCCGCCGCCUCCUCGACGACGCCGAGCAGGAGUACGGCUACGCGGCGAAGGGGCCCCUCACGCUGCCCUGCUCCGUCGACGCCUUCCUCGACGUGCUCUGGCACAUGGACCACGACGUCCACGAUGACGACGACGGCGAGGUCGCCUCGGCGCCGACGACGCCGAUUUGCGGCCUACAGCGCGGCGGCAGCGGGAACAUCAAGGUCCGGCCUGCGGGGUACCGGGUGCUCAGCCCGGCCAAGUCCACGCCGGCGUCCUUCUUCUUCUCGCAGACGGCGGCUGGCGGUAGGUGGUGAGCUCUAGGCCUGCAGAACCGAAAUGAAUCUGCGCGCGCAUACACAUAUCGAGCAGGUGCUUAAUUUGCAUAUACUUGACGACUCAAGCAUACACACACGCGUAGCUGAUUUAGAUUGUAAAAGUGAAAGGAAAGAAGAUCGAUUCUAUGCAUGCAUGUAAGCGCGUGUGUUGGGUGUUCUUGUAUGAUCAGUUUGAUCUAGGGUAGUCUUUUUUUAGAGAUUCCAGUGCGGACUACAUACGUAGCAAAAUGAGUGAAUCUACUUUUUAAAAUAUGUUUAUAUAUAUGGUAUGUAGUCUUUAUUGAAAUCUCUAAAAAUAUUUAUAUUUAGAAACAGAGGGAGUG